GAGAGAAAAACAACAACAGCAGCGGCAGCCCUGCGGCUCGGCGACGGUAGUUAACGAAAGAGAGAGACAGUUUAACAGUUUAACGGUUACCUGUACGGAGUCACAAAGUGUACGGAUAAACACACCCGUUGUUGUUUCACAUUUAGUAACUAAAAUGUCGCUGUUCGGUAAGUUAUUCGGCGGUGGAGGGGGUAAAGGAGGGAAAGCGCCGACACCCCAGGAGGCUGUGCAGAAACUCCGAGAGACCGAGGAGAUGUUGGCCAAAAAACAGGAUUUCCUAGAAAAGAAAAUCGACCUGGAGCUCAUGACGGCGAAGAAGAACGGCACGAAAAACAAACGAGCGGCUCUGCAGGCCUUGAAAAGGAAAAAGCGCUACGAGAAGCAGCUGGCUCAGAUCGACGGGACGCUGUCCACCAUCGAGUUCCAGAGGGAGGCGCUAGAGAACGCCAACACCAACACAGAAGUGCUCAAGAACAUGGGCUACGCCGCCAAGGCGAUGAAGGCCGCACACGAAAACAUGGACAUCGACAAAGUAGACGACCUGAUGGCCGACAUCACAGAACAACAGGAAGUGGCCCAAGAAAUCUCAGAUGUCAUUUCAAGACCGAUCGGUUUCGGAGAUGAGUUCGAUGAGGAUGAGCUUAUGGCUGAGCUGGAGGAGCUGGAACAGGAAGAGCUGGACAAAAAUCUUCUGGAAAUCCAAGGAGCAGAGGACGUUCCUCUCCCCAGCGUACCAUCUACGUCACUACCAUCUAGACCAGCCAAGAAGAAGAAGGAGGAAGAAGACGAGGACGACAUGGCGGACCUCGAGGCCUGGGCGGCGGCUACCUAAGCUAGCUCGCCCUGCUAGCUAGCUGGUGCCCCUCUCCUGUCUGUCUCUGUGCUACCAGGCUGCUCCCAGACAUCUGGAACCGAGACAGGGACUCUGGGCUGCUGAGCUGGCUGCUAGCAUGCUGCUCCGUCUUAAAGCCUACGAUAUCUACCCAUACCCCCAACACUAAAGUAUGCACUCGUGCACAUAUUCACUGACUUUAAAAAAAACAAAAUGAACCCAGACUCUUCUCCUCUGAUUGAUGUCACGGUACGAAUCUCUUUCGCUCCAGCUGUGCACGCCUGUAAAGGGCAGCGAGUACGCAAAGCAAAUGUCGCGCACCCGAACAGCCUGUGGUUGAGUAUAUCGAAGUUGUCUUUUUUCGUUUAGGAAAAAGAGUACUUGAAUGCGCCCUCUGGGCAGGAGAGUGCAAGUGCAUACUUCGAGGGGAGGGUGUGUGGAGGAACAGGAGGAGGCUUUUUUUUCUGGGAGGAAUGUGAAGAAUACACAGAUGUAUGUAGUGGGGGGGGGGGACAGAAAGACAACAUGAUUCAGCCAUUUUUUCUGCUUCCUGCGUUGUCGUCUCUUUGCUCUUCUACAAGGACGAUGACGACUCAUCGUCGACGCUACAACCGUCUCUGCUGAAUCUCAGCAGUAGCAACAAACAAAAAAAGAUGAAUAAUGAAAAUGUUGGACUUUCUCAUUGAAAUAUCGCUGUCGACAUCUUGUAAAGGGAGGAUCCGGGUGUCUGAUCCCUCCGUCAGCCAUAUCUCUGUCUUGGUCACCCACAAGGCUCUCUGGAUCCAAUCCGUUAAAUUCCUAAAAUUGAAUGCGAGAGAAGUGUUGUUGAUAGAAACCACCCCUGAACAUUCCGGUGGCACCAGUGCCUGUUUAGAGGCACAGUGAGUAGGAUGUUUAGCUCAUGGUUUGUAAACACAACAUUCAAAUUUGGCCCCAACGAUGCUUCGCCAGAUUCACCCACAUUUCGGAACCAGUUUUUUCGGCUUGCCGUUUAGCCUCGCGAAAUCCUAAAUAAAUAAUGUGUCUUAUCUUCUCCACUAUUUAAUUUUCUGACUCAGGUAAGCCUACUUGAUACCUUAGCUCACUGACUCCCGGCCUUCUGUUUAUUGUUUUUGUGACCCAAUAUGAACUUCCAAUAUGGCUGCCAGAGGCUACAUUACAACACCUCGUUCCUCAGUUUAAAAUUGCACGUGCCUGACACCUCCAGCGCCUUGUCCGUCUGUGGUUUAACAGCGAUGUUCUCUGAGAAAAUCCUACAUUGGUUGAAUAAUAAUUGGUUGAUUGGUAAUGUGUGAGUGUGUGUGGUGGUGUUUUUUCCCCCAGCCCUUUGACACAGUGACCUCUUGAGAUGCUGAGCUGGAUUUUUUUUUUUUUUUUUUCACUUUGCUCUUCACUCACCUGUAGUGCAAAUCUGAUUUUGAACAUGAGACGUGUUUGGCUCCAUGUUUGUCUUCGCGAUUGGACUUCUGCUCAUUACUUAUGGCUGCGAGCUUCACUUCCUGUCCUCCUUGUCAGCAGACACGGUUACGCAUUGGACGGAUUGGGGUCAGUCCGGAAUCAAACCGAGGGGGUUGAGACUGUAAAUCUUUACAUAAAAGAAUUAAGUGAAGUAGUGAUUUGAAACUUGUGCUCAUUUUUAUAAUGCAAAGUCACCGUCGUUGCGAGCGGGUCGACCCCAGUCCUGAUAUUUCACAACAAACUGUUGAAAAGAAACUUGCAUAUGCCAAUAGUUUGUUUUUCUUCGUCCUUUCUGUUUUACCUCAAAUAUCACUCGUGUUGUAUCUGACUGCACAGAAACAGUGCGACCUGUUGCCGGCUCUGCUCAGAGCUGUACAAAGACGCCAUGUUGCUCUGUGACCCAGGUUGUAUGCCGUUCAUCUUAAUAAAGUUGGGGUUUGGUGCAAGUA